CUCCUCCUCCUCCUCCUCCUCCUCCUCCUCCUAUUAUCAUCUCCAUCACUACCACCCACAUCCUCUUUUAACCAACACACACACACACACACACACACACACACACACACACACACACACACACACACACACACACACACACACACACACACAGUUACAUUAUAUCGCUCUUUAAAAUACUUGUAGAAGGAAGAAAGCAAGGAAGGAAGGAAGGAAGGAAGGACAAAGAAAGGGAACACUGAAGGAGUAAGUAAAGAAGGAAACAUAAGAAGAAGGAAAAGAAACGGAGAGAAGGAAAACAGAAAGACGGAAAGAAAAGAGACAGAGAGAGCAAGCAAGUGAAAAAGAAGAAAAAGAAGUAAAAAAAACAUCAAAGGGAAAACAAGUAAAAAAAUAAAUUCAAACAGAUCAAACGACAAUUUAAUAGAAAUAAUAUAUAAAAAAAACGUUGAAAACAAUAAGAAAGGAUAAAAUAAAAACAAACAGAGAAGAGAGGAAAUCAAUAACCAAAAAAGGAAAUCAAGAGAAAAAACGAGUAACCAAAAAUAAACUAAAAAAAACUAGAAAAUAAAAACACCAAAACAAAACAAAACACACAGGCAAAACAAAACAAAGCGAGAAAAACAAACACAACAAACAAACACAAACACACAGGUGAAAAAAGGAAGGCGACAGCAAGAAGGAAGGCAAGGGCGAGAGGUGAAGGAAGGCAGGCAGGAAGGAAGGAAGGAAGGAAGGAAGGGGUGCAGGAGAGCCCAGAGCAAGGGUGAGGCCAGACCAGGGCAGGGCAGGGCAGGGUGCGGUGCCUGGGUGAGUGCGGGCUUCGGUCAGGGCCGGGCAGGUGUCUAGUGGGCAGGGCAGGGCGCCGCGUGCCCGCCAGCUGCCCCCUCACGUCCUCCGAUGCUAGUGACGGGCCAGUACCACGUCUACUACAGUGUUCUUCAGUCCAACUGCCAAAGUGACGCGGGACAAAUGUGGCACAAGUUCUCUGCGCUGCACCAUUUCUCGCGGCGCAGCGCAACAGUCUUCUCCCGGUCCCUGGUAUUCAAUCUGAUCACGGUGUACACCCCCGUGCUGCUGCUGGCCGGCUCCAUCGUCACCUCGGCCAAGCAGAUCCUGAGCCCCAUUCACUGCGAGGGCGAGGGGAAGGAUGGCCUCAGUAAGGACUAUGUGGAGACUUACUGUUACAUCGAAGGCACCUUUAACCUGUACAUGAAACAGGUGGCCAAGCAGGUGAGGGCUGGAGGCCAUCUGUCAUCGCGCAAUCCAGUCCGCUUCGAACAGCAGGUCGGUAAGAAUGUAAUCUACCCAAACCUCGGCCAGUUCGUCGAGGGGCAGAGUUCUCGGAGGGAGAUCUCGUACUACCAGUGGGUCACGUUCUUCCUGCUCAUCGAGGCGCUGGUCAUCUACAUUCCGCGGCAAAUAUGGCACCAGCUCACCCACAGCCAGUGCCUGCCCUUCGACUUCACCAACCUCCGCCGCCGCGAGGACUGGGAGGACAAGAAGAACUUCCUGGUCUGGCACAUGAAGCAGACGAGAGGCAACCACGAGUACUGGCUGUGGCAGUACCUCCUCACCGAGCUGCUGGCCAUCGCGCUGCUGGCCUCGUUCUUCAUCCUGACUGACGUGUUCCUCGGGGGGGAUUUCUACGACUAUGGGCUGGACUGGGUUCACUUCAUGCACAACGCCACCAACAACACGAUCUCCCCGAUGACGGCCAGGUUCCCGCGCCUCACCGUGUGCAAGCUGCAGUACCACUCGCGGGGCGGCACCAUCAACAGCUACUACCCGCUGUGCCUGCUGCCCAUCAACUGCUUUAAUGACAAGAUAUUCCUGUUCCUCUACUUCUGGUACUGCCUGCUCUUCGGCUUGUCCUUGGUGCGUGGGCUCUACAUGCUCGUGCUAGUCACCUGCAAGCCGGCACGACGCCUGCGCCUCAAGUUCAGCGCCAAGCUAGUGCCGGAGGACACGCUCGACAGGUUCAUCAACGCACACAACCUCAGCGACUGGUUCGUGCUGUGCAACCUGGCCCCCACGAUGGAUCCGGUCCUGAUCGCCGAGCUGGUCACGCAGCUGGUGUACGAGGUCCAGGGCGGGGAGAGCUCCGAUUCUAAACCCUCGAGACUUGGAAAACAGGAAAAAUCGCUCCAGUCGGUUAAUUACAUAUGAGAUUCAGCGCCGCGUCCUUCCCCUCACUCGCUCACACACUGCCUUCCCAAUGGCCAGCCUAACUUUGGAUUUGGCGCCAACCCAAACCCCUAUAGCAACUACCAAAGCCGCUACCCGCCUGUCCACAGCUACGGCACGGCUUAUUCCAACGGCCACUGCGACGGUCUGUGAGUCAGCACCGGAAGCAAGUCCCGGCUACCACCUCCUCUCACCUUUGACGGCCCGACUGUGCGUGGGUGCGUAGCAUAACGACCAGCUCGCACUCACCGCACUCUCACCCCAGUCACUCUCAAUGGGGAAGGCGCUGCGCGAGUCUCACCACCACCACCACCACAACACCACCACCACCACCACCACCACUACCACAUCCAACCGCUGCCAUCAAUAUAUUUUUCACACCACCACCACCACCACCACCACUAUUAUUACUGCAACUACAUGUCUACAUCACCGCCGCUGUCAUCACCACCACCUCCACUGCUACCACCGCCUCCACCACCAUCAUCAUCUCCACCACCACCACCACCACCGUGAUUUGGAGUUGUUUUGUUAGUGGUGGUGAUAGUGUUGAUGGUGAUGAAGAUUUGGUGAUGUUAUAAUCCGCCCCCUCCCUUCACCUCACCCCCCUACACACACACACACACACACACACACACACACACACACACACACACACACACACAUAUACAACCCCCCUACCCAAAUCCCCGACAAAAGGGAGUGUGGGCGGAAUAUUUUAGUGUACGUUAAAGAAGAAAAAAGGAAACGUAAUAUAGAAAACGGGAAGCGGAUUGACAUAUGUGGCAGCGGCGGUGACGACAUUAGGAAAAGAAAACAAGAAAAUUAGUCGCUUCGGUGGUGUUGAGGCAAAUAAUAAACGGUUGAUCCCAUAAAAAAUAAUAAUAAUAGUAAUAUAAACUCUUAAAACUGAAGCUAAAAUCGACGACAGUGAACGGUUCUCUAUAUACUUAUGUCACGUUCGCUAUAUCUCGUGUUCCAUUUAUAUAUAUUUUUUUUCUUUUCUUGUUGCGUCUUGUGUUAUUAACCAUUAUUACUGUCGUGUCGCGUUAUCUAUAUUGUGCUAGGCAGUUAUGACCACUACUACUACUACUACUACGACUACUACUACUACUACUAUUACUACUACUACUACAACUAUUUCCCGCUCUAUUGGUCUGUUUUUCUUCCUUUCGCUUUAGGUUAACCUGAUGACAUGUUAACUUUCGCCCCAAAACGUCGACUCUGAACAAACUUACAAACAAACAAACAUGAGCAUUGAGAGAGAGAGAGAGAGAGAGAGAGAGAGAGAGAGAGAGAUUGGAAGAUAAUGAGAAAUAUACAGAAUUAAUCAUGAUAAUACUAAUGAUGGUAAGAUUUUUUUCAUCAGUAUUCCAUUAAACAUUCAGUAUUAUGAAGAAGAAAAAUAUGGAGGGAGGAAAGACCUCUCCUCCUCCUCCCCCUCCUCCUCCUCCUCCUCCUCCUCUGAUGGACAUGUGAUCUCAUUGUUUGUUUGUUCGUUCGUUUGUUCGCCUCACACCGAAGUAUUGUCAGUGUGACCAACCCACUUCAGAAAGAGUAGCAUAGAAAAUGGACUGACUCUAACAUAGGAAAUAUAUAUACAUGGGAAUUGGUAAUGAUGGAAAAAAAGGAAGAUUUGUAACUUAAGCUAAAGAGAAAAAUAUUGAAGGAAAGAAAGCUUGGAAAAAUAUGAUAGAGAUUGUUGGGAAUUGGUAAUGAUGGAUAACAAAAGAAAAAGAGGAAUUUUAACGUGAACUAAAGAGAAAUAUUUAUUGAGAAAGAAAAGAAAGUUUGGAAAAAUGUAUUGAGAUUGUUGUUAGUUUUGUUUGUUAAGAGAAAAAGCAAGAUAGAAAGAAACACAUUAUAAGGUUUAAGUGUGUGUGUGAAUGACAAAAAGAAAGGAUUGGAAAACGUAUCUAUCUUGUAGCUAGUUAUUGUUAUUGUUUACUGAAUUGUGAAAGGAAAAUUAGAAAACAUAUAGCCGUGAGAGAAUAUUGGAAGAGGGAGACAGUCAGUAAAAACAUUUAAUUGUGUAUGAACAAAAAAGAAAAUUGGAAGGAAAAAAACUCAUGAAAAAUUAUAUGUUGUAGGUUUUGUUCUGAUCUCAUUUGUGAAAAGAAGGGAAGGGAAUGUCUCAUGUUAGGAAAGAAAAUAUGAGGAAGGAAAACAGAAAAGGUGAAAUUAUAUGCCAUAGCUAUUAUGUAUAUUUCAAAAAAGAAGAAAACAAUUUGUGAAAGACUUAAGGAAAGAAGAAAAUGGAGGAAACACAGUUAAAAUAGUUAAAUGUAUAUGUUUUCGUUUUUAUUUAUAGUUCCAAAACAAAUGAAAAAAAAGGAAACAUUGAAAGAAAUUAUCAAAGAAGGAAGCAAAAGAAACACAAUUAUUUAACAGUUACGUUCAUAAUGCACAAAUUGAAACAAAAAUAAAUUGAAAACACAGUCAGUCUGAGAAAAUGCAAACACAAACAAACACACACACACACACACACACACAUGAGCGAUUGGUACACGAGGUAUUGAAAAGAUAAAGUAUUGGUGCACAAGCCAGCAAAACAUUACGACAUUACAGAGCGAAGGAUAUUUUAGUAUUAGUGGCUGGUUCAAUACACGUUCCCAAGCCCUUCACUCAGGCACCCAGGCUUGUUCUCCUUUAUUUUUUAACAGGAAACAAAGCAAUUCAUGGGCCAAAAGAAAAGAAAUAAAAAAAGUCUGUUGGCUCCGCUCCUGCAAAUAACUGAUAGAGUAGGUGAGCGUCUAAUUGGAUGGAAAGGUGUUUGAUACUUCCCUCUCUCUUGAAGCCAUUUAAGUCAUAGGCAUAAGGGAUUUGGAUAGCACAGAGAUGAAGGAAUAAAGUUACUGGUGAACUCUUGCAAACGGGAUUUGGACAGCACAGAGAUGAAGGAAUGAGGGUGCUGGUACACACAUGCAUUGGGGAUUUGGACAGCAUAGAGAUGAAGGAAUGAAGAUGCUUGUUAAUUCUUCCAUACCGUAAGGGAUUUGGACGGCGCAAUACUAUAACAAAUGGAGAUGCUGGUUAACUGUUCCACAAAGGGUUUGGGCAGCACAAAAAAUGAAGGAAUAAAGAUGCUGGUUAACUCUUGCAUCAGGGAUUUGGACACCACAGGGAUGAAGGAAUGAUGACGCUGGUUAACUCUUGCAUCAGGGAUUUGGACACAUACACAGGGAUGAAGGAAUGAAGAUGCUGGGUGUUUGAAGCCCGAAUCUGACCCUCUGUGCACUCAUACUUUAUUCUCUUCUUACCUCACGUACACACACAUACACAAGCAAUCACAGAAGAUGAAACACACAUCAAUACACAGGUACACGUAAGGAAAACGUUCAUAUAUUAAACACAGAUUUCAUCACCACUGCCACCACCACCACCACCCAACCUUCAUCACCAUCUCAAGAAUGUGAUAACCAUAAACUUCCCAAGGACUUGUUGGUGAGGGAAAAUGAAUAGAAAAAAAAUAUAUGUGAAGAUGUUUGAAAAUUGUGAUACUAUAAUUGAAAAAAAAAGCUGUUAUGUAUGAAGUGAAAUUAUGUUGUGUAAAACAUUGAAUAUUAUAAGUUGGAGCAUAAAAAUAUGUAAAAAAGUGAGAAAAUGAAAAUGAAUUAUUAUAAAGGAAAUACACAUACACAUAUAUAUUAAAAAAAAAGCUCAGAAAAGAUAUGAAUGAAAAACAGUAGAUUGAUGUUAAAAAAAAUUAAUAUGAAUUGUGAAAAAUAUGAAAUUGCAGUUAAAAAAAAGAAAAUAUAUGAAUAAAUUAAUGGAUUGACAUGAAAGAGAAAAGAAUUAAAAAAUAAAAAUGAAAAACAAAUCAGAAACAUUCAAACAGUGAUUCAUUUGCUUUAAUUCUUCACGAUGUGUGUGUGUGCGUGCGUAUGUGUGUUGGUGCGUGUACCUAUGUAUGCAAAAACUGUCCACACGUCUGUGAGGAAAAUAAAUACGAAAUAAGAAGAAUGGAAUAGAUGAGACAAGAUUUAAUCAGGUCACAUACAUUAUAAUUAUCUAUCUGUACUUUCUUUCUCUCUCUCGCUCGCUCUCGCUCUUACUCUCGCUCUUUCUCUGUCAUUUUCUCUGCAUAUUCUUGGGCUUCCCGUUGACUUCGUUUUAUCUUAUUUCUGUUGUUUAUUUUCCUCGCAAGUUUCCGUGACUCAGUUUGUACCAAGAGAGACACUUUGCCGACGACUCGAGCGGCAGAAUGUUACGUAGACGACGACAAAUUAUGAUACACGGCUUCAUUGUUACGUGGAACUGAAGACUUUAUUGUAGUCAGAAGGUAUUUGUUAUUCAUUGGAAGCUGAAGAAAUUAAUGAAACUUGUAAAUGAGCUUGAUGAUAUUGAAGUGUUGAGCUCUUUGUUAUUCAUUGGGAGUUGAAGAAAUGAAUGAAAAUUGUGUAACUACUAGAUAAUUGUUUUGAACGUCUUUGUUAUGUGUUGAAAGUCAAAGAAAUUGGUGAGGGGAAAAUAAUGUUAAAAAAAUUGUAUCUUGUAGGAAUGUGUGGAAUCUUAUUUGAUAUGUGGGGAAAUAUUGUUGAAAAGAGAUAAGAAGUCAAAGAAAUCGAUGAUACAUGUAUUAAAUAAUGUUGUGAAAAUAACUAACUCAAAUGAAUGUGGGGAAAAUAAUUUGCUUUGUAGGGAAGUUAUGUUGAAAAAGUUAUUCAUUAUGGAAUUGGAAAAAAUAUGUUUGUUCUGUAGAAAAAUGCAGAAAAAAACAUUAAAAGAAAAGUAUGAAGGAAAAGGAAGAGAAUGCACAGUGUGGAAAGAAGGUCGGAAAUAUAUAUGGAAAAAUGUAAUAAUGAAGUAUGUAAUGUUAAAAAAAAACUGAUUUAUAAAUAGAAAACUUGAAAACAGGGGAACGUGAGAUGGAAAGCUAAGGCAAACAAGAAAGGCAAAGAAGAAAACAAGAAAAUUUGUCAAAGAUAGGAAGAACAGCAAGAAGAAAAAGAAAAAAAAGAAACAAACUACAAGAAAUAAAGAAAAAAAGAGUGAAAAGAAAAAAAAAGAAAAAAUACAAGAAAAGCAUGAUAGAAAUAAGAAAAAAGAAAAUCAACACCAGAGAAAACUAACGAAAGAAAGAAAUGGAAAAGGAAAAGAGAAAAAGAAGAGAAAAAAACUCACCAAAAAGACACAUCAGAGAGAGAGAGAGCGAGAGAGAGAGAAACCCUGAGUCGUGAGUCUUAACGAAACCCACAAACUCACGCACACACACUCUCCAAUCCUCCUCUCUCCCCCUUCCCCCCAAAACCCCUUCAAGUGAACCGAACUCGAACAGACAAACCAACAAAUUAACGAACAAACCCGCAACACUAUAGACGAUCUGAACACUUAUAGAGAGAGGGAGAGAUGCAAGUAUAAGGGUUUCGAUUCUAAGGUUCGGCAGCGGUCGUUGAUGUUACCGCAAAUCUUAUUAACCGUUGAUUAUGUGGUCAUUAUUAUUAUUAUUAUUAUUAUUAUUAUUAUUAUUAUUAUUAUUAUUAUUGCUGCUAUUGUGAAGUGGAGCGGUUACUUACUUACUUACUUAAUAUAUACAUAGAUACAUACAUACAUACAUACAUACAUACAUUUAUCUUCCUCUUCUUCUUCCUCCUCCUGUGUCUUUCUCUUCCUCCUCCUUUCUUUUCCUUUUUCUACACACACACACACACACACACACACACACAC